AUGAUUUUUAAUAAUAGGAAAAGACCGAAAAAAAAAAAUGGAAUAUAUAUAUGUGCGAUUUUUCUUAUCCUUUCCUUAAUAGUUGAAAUAAACGAAUGUGUAAUAAAAAAUAAUUACAGCAAUAAAUAUUUAUUGAUUGGUUUAAAACCAAAUAAUUUUUUCGAAUGCUCAAAUUUGAAUACAAGAAUAAGAGACAAAACUAAUUAUUUUCCAAUGCAUAACCCUCCAAAAAAAAGAAGGAAAAUCGCAAAAAACGAAAAAUCACAACUUUUCUUUUUAAAUAAUAUAUUUCAAAUUAAUGAAAAGGGUACUAGAGAGAAAAUAAAUAGUUUGUGGAUAAAAAAAGGGUGUAAUGUAUCUGAUUAUAAACGGAAAAAUAUAAAGAUAAAUAAGAAUAGAAUUAUUCCAAUUAAAUUUUUGACAUAUGUAGAAAAACAAAUAAAUGGCAAACAUAUGGAGAUAAAGGCAACAUGCGCUAGUGAAAAUGGUGUUGACAUACAAAAUACAAAUGGUAUAAUUACAAAAAGUUAUGAUUUAAUAAAGCAUAUAAAUUAUGAUUUUAAAGAAGAAUGUAAUGAUAUAAUGAUAAGGACAGGAAAUUUUUUAGAGGUUUCACCUAAUUUAAUAUUUAAAUUUGUUUGUGUAAAAUUAAAUAAGUUAUUUACAAAUUUAUACACAUAUGAUAAUGAAAAUACUCCAUUUUGUAGUACUGAACAUACAUUAAAUAUAACAGAAGAUGUUAUAAAACAUAAUAAAUUUAAAAUAUAUAGUGUUGUGGGUUUAAAAAUACUGCAAUUAUUUUUAAUUAAAUAUUUGAGAAGUAUUAAAUUAUGUAUUCCUCCAGAAGUCCGAAAAAGAUAUAUUUACGAUUUUCUAAAAAUUGAAUAUAUAUCUAAAGUAUAUGAUGAAAAAUAUAAUUUGAUUGAUAAAAAUAUUUUUAAUAAUAUUUCAGACAAACUGAAAGCUAAACUUAUAUAUCUUUAUAUAUCAUUAUACCCCCAAGAUGUUCCAAAUGUUUUAAUAAAAAUAUUUAAAGUAGCUAAUUAUAAAAAUGAAGAUGAACUAUUAUAUAAAUAUAUUAUGAAAUCACAAUUUACAUCGAGAGGUGGAAAAAGGUUUCGUAAAAAUAUAUCGAAAGAAUAUAAAAAAACAUUUUGUGUAGAACCUCUAAUAAAAAAACAUCCUUGUGAAAAUGAUAUAUUAUGGAACCGAUUUUUUUCGAUAAUUAAAAAACAUAAUCCAGAUGUAGUUAAUUCUAAAAAAAUUUUAAGAGAAACCUAUCGUUUGGUUUUUAGUAAAAUAAAUUUUGCAAAUGAUCAAAUAGUUCAAUUGUUUGAAAAUAAGGGUUUCCAUAUUUUUAGUGAUCUACCAUCGAGUUCCAAUAUCGAGAAUAAUGAAAAUAAAGAUGAUGCUUUUGGAAAAACUCAAAUAGCUGAUUCAAACGAUAACAACUCCAAAAAUGAAGAGAUAAACUCCGAACGGGAAAAAAAAAAAAUUGAAAUUAAAAAAAAAUUAAAAAUUGGACAUGAAAGAAAAACAUGUGUAAUAAACUAUAUUACCAAUUUACAAAGUUUUAUUCUUGAUUAUAUAGAAAAAAAUAAAACUAUAUAUCAUAAUUUUUAUGAUUUAAAGACAAAUAUAAAUAUGCCAAAAAAUGCUCAAUAUGAUGAUAGUAUAUCUAGUAAUACAAAUAUUUUUCAUUUUACAAAAUUAAAUGAUUCUGAUAAUCAAAUAAAUAACGAUCUCAUAUUUGAAAGGAAACCAGAAAAUGUUGAAAACCUGAAUGCAGAUCAUAGUCCUUCUGCUUCAACUAAUGGCACACAAUUUGUUAUUAAAUCAAGCUUACUAAAUAAGAAAAAAAAAAAAAAAAAUACUGAUGAUGAUACAGCAAAGGAAGUACCACCUCCUAAAACAGAUGCCGAAAUUCAUUGUAAUGAAAUAGUAAAUAAUACAAUAGAUAAUAUAUUAGAUAUAAUGAUCCAAAACUCUGGUUUUGGAAAUAUAAAAAUAUUAUUAGGAAUAUAUAAUUCUUUACAAAAUAAUAAAAAUUUUAAACUAAUUAAUUUUAAGCAUGUAUUUGAUAAAUAA